AUGGUUAGCACGUGCCCAUAUUGGCGUGUAAUACCGCAACUGUGGAUAUGCGUCGUCGUAUUCCUGUUGCGUAGCCUUCCACUGUGCCAAACGCUCCGCAAGUCACAUUCUUCGCGGCCCGUUGCGCCACAAGGACAUGGCUUCCUAUCUUUUGACAGGCUUUGGCGGUCGUUUGACCGGGCAAGGGUGGAGAGCUACGUACGGGAUGUGAACCUCCAGCUGCAGCAGCGUCCUGGCAUCGAGCGUCUGCUGAUUGUGCUUGAGCUCGGAGAACCAUUUGCUCGUCACUGCCGCUCUGCCGACGGGGACCGCCUGCUGUUGGCCAACAGCGACAAGGUGUCGCUGCCCGAGAGCAUUUUGACGCAGCUGACUGAUACGAAUGCAGCAGUGCCAUGGCAGUUUGUGAUUCAGAAGGUGCACCGGUGCCAACUUACUAAUAAAUCGGAUGCAAAAGGCGCCAAACUUCCCAGCACGAACAACGACUUCUUUUCCAAGGAGGACGGCCCCAAGGAACGCCUAUCGUGCUCGUCGCUCGAGUUUCGACCGCAGGACAACUUCAUUUUCAUGCCGCGCUGGAUGAUGGAGAGCUUGCAGCUAAAGCCGUACGACGUGGUGCACUUAUCGCAACACAAGCUUCCUGACGCUACUUUCGUGAAACUCGCACCGCUGGAAACGUCGUUCUUCGAGCUGCCUUCACCGAAAUCUGUGUUGGAGGAGCAUCUGAAGCACUAUUCGACUCUAACGCGGGGGUCCACCAUCCCUAUCACGCACAACGGCGUCACCUACCAUCUAAGGGUGCUGCGUAUCGAGACGGAGGAAAUCAAGGAUGCGGAAUGCGCUUCUAUACAGGACACAGACGUGUCGACAGACUUGGUUCGGUUACCGUGA